CACGUUUUUGUUUUUGUUGUUAAAUAAAUUAUGUUUGACGGUUUUUUUUGGAAGCAUAAUAUAGAUUAGUUCAUGGUUCAGAUUACUAUGGGAUUUAUAUAGAUUAUUUUCCGGUUUAUACUCAGCAACACCACUGUAAGAAGGCGAAGAAAGCAUGAAUGUAGAAAAAAUCAAGAAGUUGCAGCAGAAUGCAGCUCAGGUGCGGACAGGUGGCAAGGGUACUGCACGCAGGAAGAAGAAGGUCGUCCAUAAGACCGCAGCCACGGAUGACAAAAAAUUGCAGAGCAAUCUCAAGAAGCUUUCAGUAACAAACAUUCCAGGAAUUGAAGAGGUCAAUAUGAUAAAAGACGAUGGGACGGUGAUACAUUUUAAUAAUCCAAAAGUACAAGCAUCUGUUCCAGCGAACACAUUCUCGGUGACAGGAAGUGCUGAAAAUAAACAAAUUACUGAAAUGUUACCCGGUAUUCUCAAUCAGUUGGGAGCAGAAUCACUGACGCAUUUGAAAAAGUUAGCAAACAAUGUUACUAGUCAAUUCAAAUCUAACGAUGACGACGAUGUUCCAGAUCUAGUUGGUGAUUUCGAUGAGGCAUCAAAGAAUGAAUCUAAAGUUGGUGAUUGCAAGCAUGAGCAUGGACACGAACACGGGCAAAAUUUUCAUCAUGAAGGUGGAGAAAUGGAAACUAAACUGGCUGCUUGAAAAUACUGUUGAAAUUUUUCGACACCUGCUUAGCGUAUUCUCUGGUAGAUGGUGUUUUCCCAGAUCAUUAAUUGUUUUUUGAAACUUUUUUGUCCCCACACCAGCUGUUUGGAAUUACGGUUUAUGAAUCUUCUAUUAGUUUUAUGAUGAGACAGGACAUAUUCCUGUGAUGUAAAAUUUGCUGAGAGAAAUAAUUUACUGCUGUGUUUUGUGGGCAUAAAAUGUUUCUUCGUUAAAUGCUUUUCUCUGUCUGAUAUUUAAUAUAUAUGUUUGUUAUUUUAUACAUACCAACUACAUUUUUUUCGAGUUAAAAAGAAAUUUUGUCGUUUUCAACUGAUUAGCCGGCUUAGGAAUUAAUCAAAAAAAAGAUAGAAUAAGCACUAAUCGUUUUUUGUUGGCUUAUUACUCUUAAUCAUAAACAUUUAUGUUUAAUUUUCCCAGUUUUAGUUUGAUUUAUUCGGUCACUUUUUCCCUUGAUGGAAUUCAAUUUUUCUACAAAAUAAAUGUUUGAAUAAUCCUGUUCUUAGCAUAUAAUCUUGUUUGCAAUCGACUUGUUAAUGCACGG